GUUCCAUUUUUCAACAUGGGCAACAAGAACAAGAGAGACAACAAAGCCGGCUCGAACUCGCAGGCAGGCACGGACGCCGGUAACGGCGCUCUUAAGACCCCCUCGCACAACCCCAAACCCAGUCCUCCGCUGCAGUCUACACAGCAGUCUGUCAAGAAACCGUCCACCAACGGUAAACAGCCCCAGCGGCUUGCCACCGGUGACGCUUCUCCCAGCUCUAAAGACUACGCUGGCGCCGCCCGCAACGGAACUGGGAAGGGUGGCAGCUCCAGCAAUGGAGGUGGCAGCUCCAACAGUGGUGGGGGUGACCCCAGCAACCGCUUCGCAGCACUGGGAGAAGAGAACUCACCCAGCAAGGCCACCGAUGGCGGUCGCGAGGAAGGAGAGAUCCCUCCGGACGACCCCACACGCGCACUGGCUGCAGACGUUCUCGCGAAUCUCCAACAAGCAGCCACCACUGCUGCUCCCUCCAUU